AUGGGUACUCAAUGCAAAGCUGCAGGAUUGCCUAAGAAUAGGGCAAAUAUUCCUGCUUCUAUAUUAAAGACAGAUGACGGCUUUCUAUACUCUCGAGCAAGAAGAGCUGAACAAUAUAAUGAGUUUGACCACAGGUUUACUUACAAGGUAGAUGACUUACCAAAUGGGACAUUCAAACUUAGAUUGCACCUGACACAGCCAACGUUCCAUUUAGAAGUAAAUGGGAAAGAUGUUAAUGAUGAAGUCAACCAGAAAAUUAACGAUAGUAUGGAAGCAGCAGGAAACUUGAAAACCCUUACAGCUUAUCAUGUCGACAUUAACGUGGAGAUAACAGAGAACUGUCUACUGAUACAGAGUCGAAGCGGAUCAGAUGUCUAUAAGAAUUCUGACUACAUGUAUGCCUUUGCAUUACUUGAUAAUUCAUAUAAAGACAAAACAAUUUCUGAGAGCCAGUUUAAAGAAGAAGAGCAAGAAAAACACAAAUUAGCAGAUAAAGCACUUCCAAUGAAUAUUGCUGUUACCAGAAAAGAGAUGACAGUUGUUGGGUGGUCUCCAAAUCUUCUCAAGAAUGCAAGUGGUGAGAACAAAGAUAUGAAAUACUGGAACGUAUCAGGAGACAUAAGAGUAUGUGAUGCAUCUGGGUAUGGGACUGAGGCUUGCUUUAGAACGUCGUUCAUGUGGUCCGAAAAAUAUCAAGAAGUAAAUCUACUUGACCAUUUAACAGCAGAAUACUUAGAUUCGGCUCCUGAUAUACAGGUGUCUGAGUGGUAUAAACAAGGGCAUUGUUCAGGAGGAUUCUGCUGCUUUACAGCCCAGCUCAUGUCAGACGAUGGUCAGGUAAUAAAAGAGUAUACAACAGGAGAAUUAGGUUCGUUAACUAAUAGUGAUUGGACAGAAGCUUCUGUGACUUUCUCUGGUUAUGGACCUGGCGUGAGGAUUGUCACGUUUUCAUCUAAAGGUAAGGAUGACAAAUACUGGCAAGGGUAUUUUGGUCCUUAUAUAUCAGCUGCUGGAAUUCGUGUGAAGAAGGAAAGUAAACCAGCCGAGAAUGACAGCUUUUCAGAUAUUGAUCAGACUGACGUUACAAACAAAAGAUCUAGUUUAGAAAAAAUGGUGACGAAUAUUCUGACAAGCAAUCAGAGUAUGUUCGAAGAUCUAGUUGAAGACGAAAAUUUACCAGUUGACCAGGAGUUCGAAAAACAAACAGAUAUGUCUAAUGAAUUGCAUGGCUGGAAGGGAGGCAAAAAACAAACUCACAAAAAGAGAGAAAUCAGAGUAUUUGUUUCAAGCACAUUUCGAGAUUUCACAAUGGAGAGGGAAGCAAUUAUCAAAAAGGCUUUCAGAGAGAUAAAUCGUCUUUGUGUAGAUAGAGGUGUAUUCUUUACUUAUGUCGACUUAAGAUGGGGGAUAACAACAGAACAAACAAAUGAUGGCAAAACCAUUGCUAUAUGUUUACAAGAGAUAGACCGAUGCCGGCCAUAUUUUAUCUGUUUGAUGGGGGAUAGAUUUGGGUGGAGCCAGACAGAAGAAAACAAAGAUGAAACUCUUAAUAUGACUUAUGACUAUGCAAUAGAGAAUAAUCCAAAUCUGAAGUGGAUUGAUGAUUACAGAUACAACACAAGUGUUACACAGCUUGAAAUUUUCCAUGGUGUCCUCAAUGAUCCAGAUGAAGUAAAAGACAAAUGUUUCUUUUAUCUCCGUAAUCCUCCAUCACAAGAUGAGGUGUCACCAGAACUUUAUAAGCGUCUAGUUAGUGAAUCUGAAUGGCAUAAACAACAACAGGAAUAUCUGAAGUCAUUGAUACAAAAGAAUUCCAAAAUCAGUGUUAAGAAGUUUAAUAAAGCUGAUGAAGUGUCUGAACUGAUCAAGCAGGAUUUAAAAGGCUGUGUUGAUCAAGAAUUUCCAAUUGGAAGUGAAUUAACAAAACUAGAACAACAAGGUGAAGCACAUGCAGCUUUUGCUUCACAGAGAUGUCGAGUUUACAUUGGAAACCAGAAUUAUUUUACAGAAAUCAACAAACACAGAAGUCAGAAUAUAUCACAACCAUUCAUUAUACUUGGAGAAUCAGGUUGUGGUAAGUCAGCGUUGGUUGCUAACUGGGCGAAACAGGUUGGGGAUGCUGAGAAAGACACAUUCAUUUUUCUUCACUUUAUUGGAAGUUCAGCUGAUAGUGCUCACUAUAUAAAAAUGAUCAGAAGAUUAUUUGAAGAGAUGAAAGUAUUCUUUAGUUUUGAUAUGCAGAUUCCGUCAUCAGAUACAGUACUAGUACAUGAAAUAGGGAAGUGGCUACGAAUGGCAGGAUCUCUAACAAAAUGUGUCAUAGUUUUUGAUGCUGUAAAUCAAUUGGAUGAUGGAUCGGGAGUAGAAGAAUUGCCUUUCUUACUGACCAAAGCUGGACAAUUGGACAGACUUAAAGAAACAAUUACAGAUCUGGCAGUCUUCUAUAGAUUGUCGGAUAAUGAAGAUGGAAUUUUUGAGUUGAUCAAAGCUUGGAAAACGCUUGGUGGAUUCGAUUUGUCAGAGGAGGCAUACAUGUCAAAGGUGCACAAGAUACCUAAAGAUGAUAUAAUGCAAAAUUCUACAUACUACUGCAAACUGUACAGUCGAUUAGGAAAUUUCUUUUUGAUCAUUGGAAUUAUGGAAGCAGCAAAGAAGAUUUUUAAAACUCUGAUAAAACAGUUGGAGCUAAACUAUGGUGAAUCUCAGGGGACUGUGGUAUACAAUGUACAUGAUCACACUUGGAAAUAUCGAUGUAAACACCCGGAUGUUAUUAAGGGAUUACAUGAACUAGGUACUGUGUACAGCAAACUUGGCGAGUAUGAUAAAGCAGUAAAGGUGUACAUUGAUGCUAUAAAUCGUCAGAACAGGGUUACAACACCAACACAAAAACUACAGUUGUGUGAGGGGUUGCUUGGUUUAUCGACAGUAUACAUCCAGAAAGAAGACAUGUUAGAAGCUAAGAAACUAAUGUUGAGAGCAUUAGAAUUAGCUACAUUUGUACUCGGAAAGAAACAUAACUUUGUAGCAGCCAUUUUUACUAGGCUUGGUCAACUUUCUUACAAACAAGGCCGUGUAGAUGAAGCCUUGGCCUAUUGUCUACAUGAUCUGAAGGUCACGAGAAGUGAGGUCGGUACCAAUCAUCCACGCACUGCCAUUGUCCUUAAUGAAAUUGGACUUAUUUACGACGAUAAGAAUGAGAGCAUGGCGCCACAGCUUUAUGAAGCCGCUUUAUCAAUUUUCCUGGAAACCUACGGCAAAAAUUUCCUCGGGACUGGGACAAUACGGUACAAUUUAGGAGCGUUAUAUUUUGGCACAAAUCACUUUGCUAAAUCCAAAUACCAGUUUACCGAGUCUUACAGGGUAUAUGUGUUAUUUCUGGGAGAGGAUCAUCCCGAGACAAAAGCCGUAAAGCAGGCACUGGACGCUGUUUCCAGUAUUGCACUAGACGAAUAGAGUGAAAAUACAUGCGUUAUUUAGUAGAUUUUAACAGUCUGCAAUAUUUAUUAGCGGUAUCUGUACAUUAUAUUCUACGAGAAAAACAAUCUUAGUCACGAACAAUCCAGUACAUUAUUCGCGUUAAUUCUAAAGAUAAGAACAAGCAUCUGAAGAAAAUUGAUCUUUAAAAAAAAGUAAAUGGCAGUCCACGGUACACAUUAAAAAACCGCAGCAAUCACAAGUUUCCAGGAUUUCUUUUUUACAAAUUUUAUUAUACCUGUAUAUUAUAUAGAAAAAUUACAUAUGAGUUUAUAUUAGUUUUGUCUUUCAUUGUAGUUCAAGUCUAAAACACUACAUUGUACUACUUCAUAUGAUAAUUAUCGCCUCUUUUUGAUUUGAAAUUUAGCAUCAUGUUUACAUGUAAAUUAUAUGCAAAAUAUGGAUUCCACAACUGCAACAAGUGUAAAACGACAUUUUUCCACGCGAAACAGAUAAAUUUUAAUAUUUAAAGCGUGAGGCUUGCCGAGCUUUUUAAAUAAUUAAAAUGUAAUUGUUGAGAGUGGAAAAAUAUCGUAAUACACGAGUAACAGUGAUGGAAUCUGCUUCUCUUAUGAUUUUCAUCCUUCCUUUUCAAAGAUUUGAGGAAAGUUGUGUACUUUUGAUGUGACGUCAUCAGGCAUGGUCGCUAAUGGUCAACAAAUCAUUUGCCGAGAACAGAUUUUUGACUAGUGAGGAGAAAUAUUUUUCUCACACCGGUUAGGAAAUGUGAAAAUAACACAAACUUUAGAGAAAUAAUGAAACACCAUGCAGUUAAAUAUUAUUGUUUGUUCUCGUGAAUGUGAAUAAUGAAAGUAAUGGAGCAAACAGAAGCAGUUUGUGAUAUAGAUAUUACUAUACAAACUUUGAAAUUGAA